UCGGAAAGUCUGCUGCACCGAGGCACUACCUACGCCGCUGCCGUAGCGAACCGAGUCGUGUGUGCAGCAGCAGCACAGAGUCGCGGCGGCCGCGCUCGCUCUCGGCCCGCAUCCGGCACUCACUGCAUCGACUUCUCCCAAUAUAUGUAUAUAUAUAUAUCGUAUCGGUGUGUGCGCGAGUGUCUGUAUAGUCAACAGUACCGAGAGCUAUGAUAAUCUCAUAAGCCCCGUUGUGUGUCCGUGUGUCCCUCUGCGCAUCGCGGCGUCCGACGGCCGCGCCAACGCAGUGUCAGUAUAUAGCUAUACUUAUGUACACGAGAACGCAGCAGCAGCAGCAGAGUUGAAGCGACGGAACUGCAGCGGCUCUGCGCCAGUGCAGUGUAAAUAAACAGCAGUGCGGUGCAGCGAAGGAGUCCGGGGCGGCGGCCGUCGCUGGACUUUCCCCCCCCCCCCCCCGCAACGGAGGAACGAGUAUAAUAUAUGGUAUAGAGUGCGCGCUUCAGUGUCUCGUUUCCAUAAAUGUCUGUGUGUGCCGAUUCCUCCGACUGAUGGCUGCAUAGAUAACACGAGUUUUCGAAUCAGUGCGCGAUGUGAGUGCUCCUGUGCAAAAUAUACGCAAAUACAGCAGCCGGCACUCGAUACCGAAGAGAGAACGAGAGGAUUCCGGUCUGAGAGAGGAGCGGCCACUGCGCCGCGCUGUACUGCCCUUCGACAUGAUGCCAGUCCCGCGGCACUGCCGUACGCGCAAGGCCAAGGGGCGACUGCUCUGAGGGGUCCCUAGGAAAGCAUGAGGGAACGAACCCCCUCUGCGGACGACACCCCGAAGAGGGCCCCGCCAGCCCCACCUGGAGAAGCGGACGUGGCGGUGCGCAAAGCAACGGACGUGGCCAGUGCGGCAACCUGCGGGGCGUCGAAAAUGGUCGCGUCGACGCACAGCCUCGAUGACCUGGGGGUGAGCCACCUGACCAGCAGUGCCAGUCACCUUCCGCAUCAGUCCGGCCACCAUCACCACCACCACCAUCAUCACGCGGCCUACGCCAAGAGCGCUCAGGACAAGCGCAGCCGGCUGAGCGACGUCAUCAACAACCUCCGCAAGAAGGUACCUCCGCCGCCCCCGCCGCCCCCUCCGGAGCCCGCCAGCGCCGACCAGCCGGGCAGUAGCAGCAGCGUCGAGCGUAACCUGGAGACGCUGGAGAAGUACGUGAUGACGGUGCUCAACGGUGUCAUCGACGACGAGGCUAAGCAGGACAGCAGCAGCGGCAGCAGCGGCGGCAGCAGUAGCCAGGAGCUCGGCGCCAACGCGCCGGCUACCGCCCACCAGGAGGAUGCGCAGCCCGAGGACGCCCGCGGCAAGGAGCUGGCCGUCGUGCCGGCCUCGAGGGACGGCGACGAGAAGCUCGAGCCGUCCGAGGCCCACGAGAGCAAGCUCGACGCCGCGGUCCCAGCCGUGCUCGAGCUCGCCGAGAAGAAGGAGCCGGAGAAGAGAGCCGACGACGAGCCGAGGGAGACCAACCUCGAGGCCGACUCCAGCACGUCCGGCGGCGGGCAGCAGGACGAGGCCGGCUCUCCCAGGACGCUCGGCGCCAUCAUCCUCGAAAGGCUGGAACGCGCGCCCAAGAAGGACGAGACCGAAGAUCUCAGGACGGUUUGCACGGAACUGAUCAACCACCUGCUCAACGACAUCCUCCAGGCGGUCGACACGCCCGUCGACAAGGAGCUCGACUCCGGCUCGGCGCAGCAGAGCCUCCACUGCAGCCUGCCCCUCGACAAGGUCGCCUCAGUCCUGCCCAACUGCCAGCAGAGCAGCGAGACCAGCAGCAGCAGCAGCGCUAAGAGCCCGACGAAACCGAGCUCGCCGACGGUGCGGCACCUCUGCCUCUACUGCGACCGCAAGUUCCUCUCGAUCUCGUUGCGGCAGCGGCACACCGAGCGCGUCCACCAGGCCAGCAGGGGCCGUCGCUCCGAGCGAAACUCGCGCAAGCCCGGACAGCAGAGCUGCCAGUACUGCGUCGACCGAAGCCCUGAGAACCUCGAGGGUCUCUUCCAGCACAUGGUGGGCAGCCACAGCGACAAGUACCACGGCUGUCUGCAGUGCUCCACCAGGUACCUCACCCGCGACGCCCUCACCUCGCACAUCCAGGACAUCCACAGUUACGUGACCGUGCAGAUGGAGAAGCUCAAGGAGCCCAUACCCACCUCGGUGAAGGAGCUGGUCAAGCUGUCGCCGCCGCCGGUGCCGGUGCCGCAGCCCGCCGUCAAGGAGGUCAAGGAGGAGCCGAAGCAGCCCUCCCACGAGUUCGACAGCACGUUCUACAGCAGUGUCAGCUGCAACAUCCGCGAGAACCUGCUGCACCACCUCGACGGCAAGAUCCAGGACUCGGGCGCCGCCGCUCCGAGCUGCUCGGCCGGGACCGCGCCCUCGCCACCCAGCCAGGCGGCCGCCUCGCCGGAGAACAGCAGCAGCUGCAAGACGCCCCAGUACCAGCUGCCCAUAGACAUCUCGCUGACGGCCGUGACGCCGGUCUACAGCAAGGACUACCCGACGGCCCCGGAGGACUACGAGAACUCGAGCGAGUACGCGGGCAAGCCCAGCAAGAGCUGCGGUCGCGCCCAGCCGCGCAGGGUCUCAUUCGAGAAGUACAACUUCCCGCGCAAGUACGACGGCAAGGAGCAGUGGAGCUGCUCCAUUAAGGAUCUCAGCAAAUUCGACAUUUCGACGCAGCUGACGCUGCGCAAGAAGCAGCGCUUCAUCAAGGAACGCACGACGCUCAAUCGGCUAGAGGAGCUCACCGUCACGCCUCUGCCCGAGGACGACAAACCCAGCGUCGAUGAGACUCCCGAUCUUGUGCAAAGUGAAACCGCUAACGCCGCUGGUGGCGCGACUGACGCUGAGGCAACGGUGUUUAGCAGCGAGUUCGAGAGUUUCAUGAGGCUUAACAAGUGGUGCGCGGGCAGCAACGACAGGAAGAAGAACGCGGAGGUCGUCUACGCGGAGCUGACCGGCGAGUGGUCCCGACCGAGGGUCUACAUAUGCGGCGCCUGCGCCGAGAGAUACACGACGCUGAAAGAGCUGGAGGAGCACAAGUCGGCGUCGCAUCCGAACGUCUGGUGCAUGCACUUCGAGUUCUCGGGCGACCAGCGCGAGCUGUACAAGCACCUGGUCUUCCUACCUGGCCGUAGCAGCAGUCCGACUCCGAGCAUGAAGACGCGCCAGCAGACGAUCGCGGCGAACCAGUCGCCGGAGAAGGUCUGCACCAAAUGCGCCAAGAGCUGCGUCAGUCUGGGUGAGCUGCACCGACACAUGCUCGAGUGCGGAGGCGACCAGGCUUGGCUCCUCGGACUCUUCGGCAACGGCAAGAAGAAGUGCAAGUGGCGACCAUUCGGUAGCCGCAGUCGACGCCGCAGGCAGCGCGGAAUGAAGCGCAACAUACAGAACUCGCAGACGCCCAGGAACGCGGCGCCUAGGGAGAGGCCGCCACCCAGUGGGCCACGGGUCCGGCCCAGUGACCGUAAGUGCGAGAGCAUUCAAAAAAUGUUGGCCAACCUACCAGCGAAGAGAGCGACACGAAAAGUCCUCCAAGAAAACGCCGCACGAUCUCAAGGCCGACUCCGAAAUAUACAGUCUCGGCAAAUCCAGAACAAGCAAGUGCUCCGCAACAAGCUGCUCAAGAACGCAAAGUCGUUCCACCGCAAGAAGAAUCUACGCGAAGAGAAGCAGCAGGAAGACAACGCCACUGCCGACGCGGACGAGGUGGCAGAGGCGGCAGCGGCAGUCCAGCCACGCAAGCAGCACCUGCGUAACGCGCGAGUUCUCGGCAAGAAGAAAAAUAUCAAGGCCGCCGAGUUGCCCCGGCGCACCAUCAAGCUCAGAAGCGCCAUCGCCGAGCAGUCGGAGGAAGAAGAGCCGAAGAAGCGAGCGGCGAAGGCAGCUCCGGAAGAGGAGGUGAAGCCGAGGAAGAAGAAGCAACAGGAGUCGCUGAACGCCUCGCUAAAGGCGAGAUCGCAGCUGCGCACGAACGACGGCAAGUUCGCGCGUAAGAACCUGGUCUCGCUCGACGCAAAGUCCAGGCGCUCGAUCAACGACCCCGUACGGCUACUCACGCGCUCCAAACUCCGCGCCGCGGCCAAGCUAGCCUGGAAGGAGCAUACCAAGAUCUCGCGACGCAUCACGCGGUUACGUUCACUCGACGCAGUCGAGAAAUCCGUUGACAAGGAGGACGUGGAACCGGAGGCUGUCAAGUCGGCCAAGGUAACGUCGAGAACCGCGUCGAUUGAGGAGAAACCCGUGGAACAGCUGCCUGUAUAUUGCGGCAGAGGCAGGAGACCAAAGAAACUAGUGGAGGCGACGAGGCUCGCGGCUGAAGCGGCAGCGGCUAAUGAUACCGAGACAUCAAGCGAGCCCAAGACCAGGAGGUCAUCGAUUGUCGCUGCACAGCAAAAGACUAGAAGAUCGACUGCCUCGUUAGACGUCUCCUCGUCGGAUUUGUCAAAGAAGAGUUCGAAAGCUUCGCCUGCGCCAACGCCGUCGCCCGAAGACAAGCUUGGAUCCACCACGCGUAGCAACUCCAGAGCCAAGAGAGAUGUCAAGGAGAAAAGCGAACCAGCUGCCGAAAGCGCGAACAAGAAAACGGCCAAAGAGGUGAGCGACAAGAAGACACCGAAACGAGUGGAUAAGAAGGCCUCGCCCACGAGCGAAAGAUCUGAUGAUUUGGAAUUACCGAUGGAAGCACCUUCGUCCGUGAAAAAGGAGAAGGUGGGAGUUGUGAGGAAGUCGCCUAGAAACAAGGACUCGGACGUGAAGGAGUCCGCGGAGGAGACGGCAACAAAAUUGGAAGAUAAAGUUGAGGAAUCGUCACAGACGGAACCUGUUAAAGACAGUGAAAAGAAGGAUGUCGCCGUUACCGCUACUCUCGAACCAAAGGAAACAGAUGAUAAGGUCGAAAAAGAGGAGGAAGACAAGGACAAAGGAGAUGCGAGCGAGUCUGCUGUGAAGAAGGCCGUGCACGGCAAGCGACGUGGCAGAGUUAAGCGCGUCGUUGAGAAAGUUGAAGAGCAGCUGCAAGCUCCCGAGACAGCCGUGGCCGUCGAGGAAACUGUCAAAGCCGAGGAAGCCGAACCACCCAAAGACACGAGCGAAACGGAAGAACCAAAUCCCACACCCGCAGAAAUAAGCGCCGGCGAUGAUUCUUGUUCGAAGAGCAGCAGUAGCAGCAACUUGCAAAAUCUGAGUCUCGAACACCUUCAACAAGAGUCCUCCAACUCGAACAUGGACAGCGGCAAAGAGAAUUCGUCCGAGACGAUAAUUAACAUGUCGAAACUGAAGGUCGUUCGACCGAAGAAAACGAGAGGUUUGCGCAGGGACAAUAAAGCUGUGAGCACCAAACGCUCGCUAAACAGCGUCAUCGGCAUCCUUACCGAGGGAGUCAACGUGCCGGUCGAGUCGUCGCAGGAUGCAACUGUGGUGCUGACGGUGCAGACGACGGUGGAUGCAGACGUCAACAGCAACCCGGAGAACGCUUGCCAGAACAGCGAGCAACCUUCUGUUGAGAGCAGCUGUUCCAGUGCCGAAGAGAGUAACAAUAUAUCCGCGGAAGUUUGUGAUACGAGUGCCAGUGAUAGUGCGAGUGCGCCUUUGUCCGUAGAAUUAGAAAAAACGAGCGAGGAAAAAGUGAAAGAAGUGCCGGAAGAAACAAAAACUGAGAAACAGGACGUUCCAAAAGUUAGCGAAGAAAGUGAGAAGAUUACCGCGACGCCGAUCCCCGAGAAGAAGAACGACAUCGAAGUGAAACCAAGCGUGGCCGUCACCGUUGUCGAGCAGCCUGCGAACGAUAUCAUUUUGGAUUUGUCGAGAAGAAAACCCAAAGGGAAGGGAUCGUUUUUAGAAAAGAUCGUCUCGAAGAUAGCCAAAAAGAAGGAUGUCUCGCUCGAGGGUGAGAGUAGUUGUCACUUAGACAUUGCACACGUUUCGGUAGAAUGUCAAAAGAAUUUGGAGAACGUUGAGAAAAAGAAAAUUCAAGAAGCUAAUAGUACAAAAGUAACGGAGGAAAUUAAAAUUGAAAGUUUGUUAAAUAGGGACACGAGUGUGAAAUUGAGCAAAAGUGCAACGGUAAAUAUUGUAAAUAAUACUGAAAGUACCGUAUUACCCGAGAAUAAUGUAGUAGUUGAUAGUGCAUUGCCGAAGGAAGAUAAGGUAGAAGAUUCUAAUGUUACCGAACUAACGCUUGUUAAACCUGUAGAAAUUCAAGAGGAAGUUAACAAACCUGAAAGUAAAGUAGAGGAGAAAAGUAGCGAACUUCUAAAUGGUGCGAUCGAAAAUAUGGAUUCUGAUAAAUCCGUAGAGUCAGAAUCCAAAGUAGCUGUCGUAGAAGAGAAAGAAAUGGAGGCCAAGCCGGGCAGGAAGCAGAAGUCGAAGAAACGAUCCUUCGAGAGUAAUUCGCCUAAGAAAAAUAAGAAGAAGUCUGUGGAAAGCGAAAAUGCGGACGACGACGACGACGACGAUAACAAGGAGGAAAUCUGCCUGGCGGAUAUCAUGAAGCUCAUCGACAGGCCAAAGUCGAGCGAAGCGCAGAGCGAUGCCAGGGCUGAAGUUGUACAGGGGAGCGUAAAGCCGGGAAAGAGGAAAAGUCCCGACGACGAGGCGGAAUUGAAUUCUGUGAGCACGAGUAUUGAAGACUCGGCUGCGUCGAUCAAAUGUACAAAAGAUAACGAAUUAACGAAAAAGUCGAGGCGCAAGAGCAGUCAGAAGAAAAAUAAGAGUGAAAUUUCUAAAUUAGCGGACGAAAGUCGUGCGGACAAAGAAGUGAACGAUAAAAAUGAUUCUAACGUAAUUUUAGAAAAAGAAAACAUAGAAAUAAAAGUGACGAGUGAUAGUAAUGAAGGCGUUAUGGAACAAAUAAGUGCGAUUACUUUAGGACCAAUGGCAGAAGUAGAAAAAACUAAAAUUGAUGAAUCUAUAAAGCCGGAUAUUGAAAUCGAAAAAGAUGAACCAUUAGUAACAAAACCGAUCUCAGAAGUAGAAACGCCUGAGCAAACAGAAGAAAAUAUGGGCACUGAUAACGUAACAGAACAAAUUUCGGUGUCAGAUGAUACCGGAGCUCGAGAGAAACCUACCAGACGAAAGAAGAAAGGAUCCAAGAAAAAUUCCAUAAUUCAGAAACCAGAACUGACCGAAAAGUCUCCAGUCGCAGCUGACGAUGAAUCGUUCAAAAUUCCCGAAUCGACCGAAAUCGCCAAACCCUCGAAGAAACGUAGCUCUAAAAGGAAAUCAAAUGCCAAAACGAUCUCCAACGAUCAAGAUUUGGAAAAGGACGAAGACGAAACCACCGACAAACUGGAUGACAAAUCAGACUUGAGCAAUGAUAAUUUCGACCAAUAUUCGUCAAUGUCGGAAUCGGAAGAUCGAUCCACUCCUAAACGCAUUUCGAGGCGAAGCACCCGCAGCAACAAAACACUCGAAAUCGAAGAUGCGUUCGGCAGUGUCAAAGAAUCAGACGAGUCCGAUGUGUCCUCUGUCAACGAAAUGGAUUCUUCAAGACCAAGGCGUUCACAACGCAAAGCUGCUAUGGUCGACAGCAGCCGCGACGUUUCAGUAAGUUCUGUCGAUGAAAAUAACUCAUCAUCGGAAAGCAAGCCCGAGAAGAAGCGAAAUUCAAGUAGGAAAGCUAAAAAGAACGUUUCUCUUGUUGACGAGCAUCUCGAAUUAUUCAGUGAUAAUGAAGUUUUCGCUGAACCCGUAAGUCAGGAGAUUGACAAAUCAGUGACCGAAGAAAUUGUUGAAAAUAAUGCCGAUAAGAGUUUGGACGAAGUAGAAAAACAACCAUCUGUGGAAAUCGAGACGGCUGAAAAUAUUGAAGUAGAAGAGGAAUCUGCAGUAAUGCACAAAGAUGAACAAAAGGUUGAAGAGACAUUGGAUGCCAAUAAAAAAGAUGAUGCUGCAGAAACACUACCAAUGCCAAUAACGGACAAAGUCGAAAAUGCAGAAUUACAAUUAAGCUCGGUCGACGAAACUCUCGAUCUCGCGGAUAAACAAUUAUCCAUGAAUCAAGAAGUUUCUGCCUUGGAGCUCGAUGAAUCUGGGAAUCCUGAUCUACAGACGCCGAAAAAGCGAUUGGCCGGCAAUUUCGCGAUCGUCACCAAGUCCGGUAAAAUUCUCAUCGUUGAAAAGAAGAAAAAGCUUACAAAGGAAGCUGCGAAGUUCUUCUGCGACGUAUGCGCAACAAGCUUCACGCGCAAGAGCAGUCUCAAAAAGCACAACUUGUCACAAUCUCACAUUCUACAGCUUACUAUGAGCAGUGAUAAAGACGUAUCCAAGCAAAUACAGGACUUUUCUGGGCAACCCGUGAAUCUUUCUAAAGAUGUUGACGAAAAAAUUGUGGAAGAGGAAAAAGAAAACGAAAAUAGGGUCAUUGAAAACCAACAAGUUUAUAAUAGAGAUUUGGAGCAGACUUCGCCAGAAAAUCUUGUGAUCAAAGACCGAAAACCGGCUAUUGAAAAAGAGAUCGUAGAGGAACCACUGAACAUGAGCAUCGGCAAAACUACUCCCAUUAUCAUGGAUACGAUCCCGGCCAACGUUUUGCACAUCCGGGAACCUCCACUUCGAUCACCGGAGGAAGAGUUAGAGGACGAGAUGCUCGACGAAGAAAUCUGUAAAAUUACAGAGAACAUGAGUCACGACGAGUACGUGCUCACUGAUCACGUCAGUCCUGUGACACCAGAGGCCGCAUCGACGCCAGUCAAGGAAGUCGAGACGCCAGCCAAAGUACCCGCUCCGAUCAUCAAGGCUGCUCCAAAAAUGAAAAAAGAGAAGAAGAAGAAAAAUUUAGCCGACGAACAUCUCGAUUUGGACACGCCGGUUCCAACUAAAGUUUCACAGGCUGUAGCUGAAACUCCAUCGGAUGCUAGCGUUCAAAACGACCCGAUAGAAGAUAAGAACUUUGAAGAAGAUUCGAUCUUAAACAAAUCCGAGGAGGAGACUAUCAACGAAUCGUUGAACGGUAUUAGCGAAGCUGAAGUUGAAUCUGAACCUGUAAGCAGUAAAAAAUCGAGUAGCAAGAAGGAUAAGAAAUCAAAGAAAAACCAAGCGAAAAAAGAUGAAGAGAAUGAAAGUAAACGAACAAAUCGCAGUAAAAAUCAAAAUAUUUCACAAGAUGUAAAUCCAAAUGUUUUGGAAAGUUCGCGCCCAAAGAGAAACCAAUUAAGGCCGAGCUACAAGGAGGACGAUUUUGAUAUUAUCGAACCUCUAAAUGACCGCCGAGAGUCUUCAAGACCUAAGCGGGACAGAAGUAAUUUAAGUCUUGUUGAAAGCGAUCAGUCUGAUUUCGAAAACGACGAGUCUUUGAGAAAAUCAAAAGACACUUCGAAGACCAGGCGGGACAAGAGCAAUGCAAGCGUCACCGAAACUGAAACGUCCGAUGCCGAAAAGGACGUUUCUAUGAAGAAGGGUAAAGGAAAGAAGAACCAAAACAAAAAGAAAAGCGCUAAAUCGACCAAGGAACAGGAUUCCAAAAAACUCGUCGAUAAAGAAGCCGAAGGUGUUGUCGAUCAAAAUUCAGAGUUGAGCGCAGAAACAUUAAAUACAGAACUUGUGGAAACAGAUGAAUCGAUAGUCAAAGAAAAGGUUGACGAAGAACAGGGAAACGUAUCAGUCAAGACAAAGAAAGGCAAAAAGACAAAAACCACGCCUGUAGAAAAUGAAAGUGCUUCCAUUCAGGAAUAUGAAGCAAAGAUGGAAGAAGAAAAGCCCAUCGUUGAAGAAAUACCGAUAACUAAUCAAAAACAAGCAAAAUCGAAGAAAAAUCAAAACAAGCGCAAGAAGAAGAACGCACAGAAAGACGAAUCGAUACUGGAAUCUUCCAAAGACGAAUUUGACCAAGCGAACUUCUCAGAAACUUCAUCUGCGAAACAAGUGGGCGAAAAGAGCCACGACGAAAAUUCAAAACCGAGCAAUCUCCUCGAGUCUUCUUUGGAAGCCUCUGAGAACACGCUAAUUAGUCAAACAGAGAUAACGAUUCCAUCUCUGCCGAUCCGAUCAUCAAGGUCUCAUCUGGAAUCUGCGUCCAAGGACAGCGACAGUAAGCAGUCGUCGAUCUUCCCACAUCUUGGUGGUGAGAAUUUCAAAUCGUUCGAGGACUCGAAAAACGACCUCACGGCGUCGAUGUUGACUGGUUUUGACAGCGAUGAAAAUUCUCUGGACACCAACAUGUCCGUGGAUAUACAGAAACUGCUCAAUGACCCAGAGAUGACAACGGAAAUCACCAAGCAGCCCGAUGAGGACUCUCAGGGCACCGACAACAUCGAACCCGUCGACGUUCUCAACAUCAAAAAACCAGAGACGCAAAAGUCCUCGACGCCCUCUCUGGUCACCGCAGAGGAGGAGACCACAGAGAUUGAGGCUAAAGAAGAUGUGAAGAAAACUCUAAUAAAUAAAGCAGUCAGCAAGAGAUCCCAGAAAGCUUCGAAAUCCGCAGAAGGCAAAAAGUCGAAGAAACGCAGCGGACAUAAGUCGAGAAAUGACAGCAACAAGGUAGUGAACGAUGUCUCGAGCCUGAGCGAAGACAGUGAGAAUGCGGAAGAAAAAGAGGACGAUAGUAAGCUGCAAAAGAGUAAGAACAAAAUUGUUAAAAGCGUCUUCGGUCGCGUCUUCGGUGGAGAGAAAAUCGACAAAGUAAAAGAGGUCCUGGACGACUGGCAGUCCCGCUCCGAGAACAACUCGUCCGAUGACAGUGAGAGCGAAAAAUCGACGAGACACUCGCGAUCACGGUCGAGGAAGAGUCUGCGCAACGGUGGCAGCAUCAAGAAGUCGGCAGAAGCUAGCGGAAGGAGUAGGCAGAGCAAGAAGCGCGCGGAGGAGUUAAUUUCCAGAGCGUUUAAUGACGACUCGCCAGUACCGGGUGGCAAGAUUCAAAGAUCAUCAAGGAGGAGUCAGGCGAAAUCGAUGAGUCCGUCCAACGACAAAUCGGAGAGCGACGAUGAGGAUGAUGAACAGGAGGAUGAGAAGAUUGAAAAACGAGCGGUAUCCAGUUCGAGGAGAGGCAAAAAGAGAACCAAUGCAAAGAACUUGGACUCGUCUAUCGUCGAAUCCAAGCAGGCCAAGUACCAGAGCAACGUGGAAGAUGACGAUGGGGAGGUCGUGAAUAAGUCCGAGGAAUCGCAGGUCUCGCAGUCGACAACCGGGCACCAGAAAGUUCAGUCUUGCGAGGUCGAGAACACCAACACCAACACAAACGAGGAGGACGAAGACGACGAGCUGAACAGCAGAAUGUCUGCGGUUUACGCCAGAGACACGAGCGAAGACGAAGAUAACACCCUUCGAUCCUCCUCCAGCAGCGAGCAUGACGUGGAGAAGCCAAGAGAGGAGUCGCGCAAGUCUCGCAAGAAAAAGAAAAUAUCGCGAAGAGUCUCCAGUGGUUUCACAAGUUCGGAGAAGGUAGUAAUCAGGUCUCCGCAAGUACUGGCUCGUCACGAAACCGACGCCGACGGACCAACCGAGGUGGUGACGAUCGCACCAACUGACGCCAUUGAGGAUAACGCGUUGGAUCUAGAAAUGUCUAUCGUGGAGAAAAUUCCGGAGAAGCCCGCGAGACAAACGACAAAGGUGCUCAAUUUCGACGAGGAACUGUUCGUCGAGUGCUGUUCGAGGUUGAAGGCCACCAGCGAGAAGGAGUUCAGAGGAGCCAAGAAGAUCAAGCUCGAUCACUCCGGAGAUCAGGCUGCCACCAGUGCUUAUCAUCAUCAGCAUCAUCACAGGAAAGACGAGCAGAUCGGCGGAUACAAGCCGACGAAGGACAGGUGGAGAGACGUGGAGAGCCAGAACAGUCUUGGAAGCUUGCUGGAGUCGGUUAAUCAGCUGCUGGGCGAAGAUUACAACAGCCGAGAGAAAGAAUACGCUUCGACGAGCCCAACCAAGCGCAGUCGUGGCCACCAUCACCACCAUCACCACCAUCACCAUCACCAUCACGGUCACAAUCGUCACCAUCACAGCCACCACCACAAUGUGGAACGAUCGGUGAGUCCAGAGGACAGCCAAGUACAGCGAGCAGCGGUCGACGACAACCUCGGCUACGACGACAGCCUCGAUGUCGCAUUCGAGCACAAUAACAAGCUGCGUAACAAAAUUCAACAACGGAUGCGCGAAAGCGAGAAUCUCAUCGCCACGUCCUUCGGUCAAAAGCACAGCAGUCCUGCACCAGCUGCCGAGGCUUACGACGGUUACGGAUACGAGUCGAAGACUAAGAUGAACAACGGGUUGGGAGGCUUGCUUGAUAAGGCGCUGUCGAACCUGUUGCAUCAUAAUGAAAAGCACGAUCACAACGGUUCGGCGCCAAUGAAGCUUUUAGCCGAAUUAGCUUGCGCUCGAGCACCGACCUCCACCACACCGACGGUACCCGAAAAACCACCAAAAUCCUCUCCGACGCACGAAGAGCUCGAUACAUCAACCGAGAUCCUGGAACCAGCCUAUGAGUCGCAUCGCGAAUUGAAAUCUCCAAAAAAAUCCAAGAAUCCCAUCAAAGAACUGUUCGAGCGCAAAAAAGAGCUCUAUGAUAAAAAGCAACAGCUCGAGAAGCUCAAGCUCUCGUCGCCAAAAUCAUCGGAAAAAUCUCGUAAGCAGAAAAAGGUCAAGGUAGUGCAACACAACAUCCCGAUAAUUCGCACGAGCCAGUACCGUGGGGGCAUAGCUGAGAGGAAGAAGCGCCGCGAUAUCGGCGGACUCCUGAGCAAAAAGAAGGACCAUCAAUCCAAAGAGAUUAAGGAUAUCUACGAUUUCGACGACGAAGAAAGCGUCAGUGAUCCUGGAUUCACUUCUGUUUUGUCCUAUCGUUCCAAAAUCGAUGAGCCGAGCAGAGAGUCGACCAUGAAUGCGUUACUCUCCAAGACCAUUGGAGAGACUCUAAUGAACGGAAAAUCCAUCGCUGCUAUGGGUGACAAUUUGAAGAAUAUGGUCGAUCGCAAAUUCAGAGACAUAGAGAAGUUCGCGCCGAAAGCUAAGACUCCGGUGAACGCUGUGGUCUGCGAAGAGAAACAACAACAGCCAAAUGUCAGAGGACCAAUGGACGUGUUCGUUGAAAGGCGACAGAAGUCGAAGCGCUCAUCCGGUGAACGCUCAUCUAGCAAACACGCCGGAAAAUCGAAGAGAAAGAGUGGAAAAGGUGCUAAGAAAAAGUCACGAAAUGCAUGGUACGAGGAUGACAGCUCAGAUGAGUUCGUAACCAAACUGAAAGCUGACGAUAUACAGGGUGUAGGAAUAUCUAAGAGCCAGAGGACUUGCUCUAAAGGCAAGCAAAAUCUUUUCGCGGAGAUAUCGUCGACUUCGUCGGAGAGCGAAUUCGAGAGGGAUUUGGGAGAUGAGGAUGAUUUCGAGCCGAAGCUCGUUGUUGCCGAACCUCCCAACAACGACGUUACAGACGAACAAGAAGGAACGAAGGAGAAAGAAAACUUGGCUAACGACGAAUCUCAGAACGUGGAAAGCCAUGAGGACGUUUGGCGAAGAUCUCGAGCGAAAAGCGACUCGCCUCUUCAUGAUCACAAAAAAUCAGAGUCUGAGGAACUCUCGGACCACCCAUUGGUGAUAGACGAAAAUCACAAGGAGCCAGCCGACAUUGAGCAGCGUACUAACAGCGAUGACGAGACAGAAGAACGCACUUUUGAGCUGGACGAUCUAUAUCGCGAGGACAGCUCGAUCGCCGAUUCAGAUCGCGAUGAAUUAUCAAUCGCAGCUGAAGACAAGUCGAACUCACUGCUCAAGGCUCCUGAAACAACGUCGCAAUCUUUACAGGACAAAAAAUCCUCUACGGAAAAUUAUAUCUCAAUCGAAGAUGCGCUGGAUUUACUUGAUCGUCCACUGGAGGAAACUUCAAAGAAGGGCCGAUCCUCUUCUUCUACUAUCACUGCUGUUAAACAAUUCACACCCGAUGUCUUUCAGAAGGACAAGAGAAUGCAAGAGAUCGAUGAUUCGCAGGACGAUGAUGAGGCGACACCUGCUGUUGCCACAAAACUAGAUGAACUACCGGAGAAACUAUCCGGCAACGAGAAGCCGCAGCGUCAACCUGAUAAUCUACCUCUUCACGUUUUUCUCAGUCGCAAAGUACAGGAGUCAAAAAAGCGAAAGCAACAGCAGGAGCUCAAAAAGCUUAUCGAAGAGCAGGAAAGAAUAAUGCUAGAUCUCCAGCCUACGAGACGUCAGCGAAAGUGCGCAAUAGGCAAGCAGGGGCUGCUCGCGGAAAUCAGCAGUUCAGAUGAGGAGCUCUCGAUACCCUACAAUAGGAAGUCUGGCGACAAAAGCGACAACAGUGAGAAAAUGCGAAACAAACAGAAGCAGCGUGAGUCCAAGGAAAAACGCAAAGAGAGAUAUAUAGAGAAAAAGCACGAACAGAUGAUCGCAAAAGAGCAGAAGGCUAUUGAGGAGGAAAUUAUGCGCGAACUUGAGGAGAAGAGGUUAAGCGCUGCUAGUGAGGCAUCUGGCUCUGAGAAGGACGAAAAGAAACCUACCCCGGAAGAAAUUUCUGCAGAAACUAGAGAGAAAACAUUUAUGCCUAAACACGACAAGGCCAGUCCUAAGAAACACUCGCACAAACAGAAGAGCCGUGAAAUUCUCGAUGAGAGCGACAGCUGCAACACAAAUAAGAUCAAGCGGCCGAAAUCCACAAUGAAAGCAACCACCGAUACCGAGAACGACGAAGUGAAUACCUCGAUCGAAGCUGCGCCGCCUAAGAAAAAACGCCCGGCGAACAAGUCGCCCCAGAAAGCUAAAAAGUCUCAACAAAAGGCGGAAUCGAAGACACCUAGUGAAUCCAAAAAGUCAAAACAAUCACCAAGCAAUGCGAGUCGCUCCAAGAGUCGGCCAACGUCGCUGAACCGUGGGAAAGAAACGAAAGAACAACAGUCGCGGGCUCUGAGCAACAAGCGAGAGUCUGAUCUUGACAGCGACGAAGAGCUAAAAGCUACCAAGUCCUGGAACAAAGUAGACGAAGGUGUAGGAGUCGCAAUCGGUCGCAGAAAACGCGCCGCUGCCAACCAGCUGUACUACUGGUCGAGUUCAAGCGAUGAUGAAGACGAGGAGAAGCAAUUGGCGGCGGCGAUGGCAGCUAGUGCUGCAGCCAGUGCGCAGGGAACAGCAGCGAACAACGUUCCUGUCACAACUGCGACGCUGGAUGUCCAGCAGGAGGACGACCGACAGGAGCAGCAUGGCUGGAUCGUCGGUGACUCGCACAAAAAAAUGAUCACGAUGCUCGCCAUGGAAAAACAGAUGAAGGAAAAACGUCGCAGAAGUGAGAACGAUGAGCAAUCCCCCGGAGGUGGCAAUAGUGCUCCUGCCGGUGGCAAGGGAAAAAGUAAAAAACACAGAAACAGCACGUCUUGAUACGUGUUUCAUGACUAAAAACUCUUGAGAUUGCGGGAAACAAAAUGACAGCUUAUUUUUGUAUAGACGCUUCUUCCACUUUUUAAUUUUUAUGAAACGAUUGUGUAAAAACUCUUUGAGCGAUGAGUCGAUUUUUUUAGGGAGAAUGAGUGAAUGAGAACAUACUUAAUGUUCGUUUGCAACGUAUGUAGUUUAAAGUAGUAAAAAAGGACUUGGUUUCCAAUGACAUUGAACAAGGCGUGAAAACUCUUAUAGAGGACGACGGCUGCUUCAAAGUUUGUCGGGGAAAAUUUUUUUUAUUAGCGUGACGAAGUUUUUUACACACACACACACACACACACGCGCGCCCACACACACACACACAUAUAUAUAUAUAUAUAUAUAUAUAUAUAUAUAUAUAUAUAUAUAUAUAGAAAAAAUUAGUAAGAGCUUUAUUGAUUUUACAAGCAAAUUUUGGUCGAUGCAAUAUUGUUUUUAAAGACUUUGUAUGUGCUGCAAAGUGAUUCUUUAUGUUGGCGUGCGAACGACUUCUAGUUAUUUUGAGCAACGAGAUAAUCGUCGAGAUCGUUUACUGAUAUUAGCUGUAGUAGCGUGUUUAUAAUGAUGGCAGGAAGUGUUAGUGAGAGUAUGAAAACAUAAAAAAUCCGUGCCGACAGACGACGGCGAAGAGAAAAAGGAGCAGCUUUUUAGCCACGGUUUAUUCGUAUACCUGUACGUGUAGCUCCUUUUCUUACCUUGUACGCAAGAGCCGCGGGUUGUAUCCGCGGCCAGCUUAGAUGAAAACAAAUACAAAAAAAUACCCGUUAGCAUAAUUUUCUUUUGUGAUUCUUGCAUUAUAGAGCAGUAAAUUUGCACUCUUAGGUAGCGUUUAAGUUUAGUCAUCUUACGUUUUAGUCGAGACGAAGCACUACUGCCAACGAGCUCCUGUUCAACACAUUAAAUUUAAUUUUCUUUCUAUUUAAUCUAAGAUUUUAUUUUACCAUGAUUAGCUAAUCGUGCGAAGUCUGCGAUUCUUGAUUUAAGUACUCUUCCUUUUCUACGUGAAUUUAAAAAUAGCAUGUUGUACGAAAUAAAAGAAAUGUAACAUUAAGGUGUAAGGAUAUAAAAAAUGCAUUGUACAUACAUAGUUGCUUGGCGUGUAACAGUAGAGAGUACAUUUCUUUUCUCAUCGUAUUCAAGAUGUAUAAUUACAUGAAAACAAGAAAAACAAAACACCGCGUAUAUUGUAAUAAUUGUAACUUUGUAAACUUAGAAUGAAAUGCAAAGCGACGAAAAAUAAAAAAAAAAAAUAUAAAUUCACAGCAAGGCGAGAGCAAAAGAGAAAACAAACAUUAUAAGGCACUCUUAGACAAUAUUAGAGAAAUCUUGGUUUUUUAAGCAUUGUUAAUUUUCUUUCUCUCGUUUGAAUUUUAGUGCAAGGACUCUGUGUGUGAUGAUAGGCAAAGCAAAUUAUGAGAAAAAAAGAAAAAUAAUAAAAAAAGUAAAUAAAUUUAAUCGAUUGGGCUUAAAUUGUCCUAAAGUCCAAUCGACUUCUGUGCUUUUCUUCUAAGCUUAUCGGGUUUCGCAACAUAUCGCAGGAUCUUAGAGAAUCAAAGACCGAGAUUGUUGAAAAUUUGCUUAUUAUAAGGAAAAAUUUACACAUUUAAAAUUUAAAGUCAUCGACGUGCGUUUAUAUAGUCGAUGCUUGUAAUGUUCUAAGAAAGUCUUCGCUUCGAUUCCUCACUACUUUUCCAUUGUUUCCCAUUUUCAAUGUGUUCGACAAAGCGUCUAGAAGUCAUAUCGCAAUAUGUCAGUUAAUUGAUGUAGUCUAUUGAUUUAAGUAACAUUGAAAAAUGGUUGUUUUUAGUUUGCAUAUAGCGAAAUAUAUGUAGCAUUGAAUCCAGAGACAGAAAACGAGAAUAUAGAUUAUUUGAUUUUUCUUCCUUGUGGUACAUAUAAUGAAAUUAUGCAUUACACGUAUAACAUAAAUAUGAUAAUUAUGCGAAUGAUAAUAGACUCUAUUGUAAAUUUACUGCCAUAAUCAUAUAUUAUCGUACGAAAGCCUAUGAGAAUACCUAUUAUAUAAUAUUACAAUUUUAAUUAUUCCUGUAAAGACGAGAUGUUACACAUCCAGUGUAAAUAGAGCAUAUUUUCAAUGUGUCUGGAAAAGUAUGUUUUGUAAUAUAAGCAUUGCGAGAGGAAAAAUAAAAUUACUAAAGAUA